AUGGCUAUAAAUCCAGCUACAUUUCCAACAACCACUGUCCACAGCGAAGUCAUAGCAACAUUUACAAGAAGUCCUACUCAAGCCACGGUCUUGCGAGCAGUCAAUGUCGAUCCAGCACUGGUUGAGGGAUUUGUGAGCCGGUUUCCUCCUGCUGGCACGUCUCCAGAGCUUAGAAAAUGCGUCACCAAUGGCUUUCGCGCAUACGAGAUUGGAGCCGAUCCUGCUUGUGGCGUCCUCCUCAAGGUUCGGGAAGACCUCGACCUAGAAACAGCUCGUGAUUACUUUGCUUCCCUUAUACUGAACGAUAUUAAGGAAUCGCCAGCCAUGUUACCCGUCGAGAUCACUGAACUCUUUGAAGAACAUCUAUUGUACGAUGCCCACGAAAAGAGGGCCUGGAAAGAGAGUGGCCUUGAGCUAUUCAGGAGCCAGGUUGAACACUUCACAAGUCGUCGUGUCCCUGUUCAGUUCGCUCUGCCAGCCUUUCCCUGCAAGACCACAAAUCCAGAAAAAGCGUUUUCUGCACUUCCUGAUGGUGCCGAAUAUGAGGCUCUAGCAAAUCUGCGAUCGUUUUGUGAACGCGUCUCUGAGGUUUACGAACCUGGCUGCUAUAUCAAUAUCGUCUCUGAUGGUCAUGUCUUCUCUGAUUGUCAAGGCACUGACGACGACGUGGUACAUACCUACAAUGCAGGUCUCAAGACUAUGCUAGCUCAGAUCUGCUCCGAGUCACACAGCUCCCAUCCAGGAAUCAAAUUCUACGAUCUCAGCCAAUUACUGUUACCUAAUGUACCUGCCUCGACAAGGGCUGCUCAGGUACCUAGGAAGUGUGUCGUCCAUCCUGUGCCAACUUACACAUCGCGAGAUGACGAUAAUUGUCGAGAGUUGAUGAUAGCUGUUUGGAGCCCUCCAGGGGUCUACUAUCGGGACCUCAUUCGAUCGCAGCCAGAUCAUCCGAUUACAGCACUAUAUAGAGGCUUCUCCAGGUUCAUGUUCGAGGAUCUGGCAUACAUUGCAGACUACCGCACUGCGUCAAAAAAUCAACGUAAGAGGGUGGCCGAGUCCGUGGCAUUCACGAUGAUCCAGCGAAAUCAAACAUACUCUCGCAUGGUGGAGAGUGUCUUUCCGAUGCACGUACGUCUGAGUAUUCAUGCUCAUGAUAAUGCUGGGCCAAAAUUCGCAGUACGAGUUAUGCCGCCGCAUAUCAAGACUGCAAAGGACGUCACCACACUCUUGAACGCUGCAAAUGAUCAUGGUAUGGACAAUGAUCGUGAAGCUCGACAUACAGGCCACAUCCCGACGCCUUGGCACAACGCUCUGGUAGAGGUAAUCUCGGACGAUUCUGAAAAGCGUCAUGUGUUUCUGUGUAAAGCAAAACUGGCAAAUGACUUAUUACAGUAUGGCUAUGAAGGUGCCUGGGACGCUGAACAUGCUCGGGGUGCUAGAUUUGUGUUCAAGAUCAAUUCGGGUAUUCAGAAUGCUGAAUAA